GUUUUGAGUUAAAGGCGGGUGCGGGUUACAGCUGACUUCGUUAUCCGCAGCGUCUGCACUUGGUAUGUCUCUCCGCUGUCUGAAGGAUUCUAGUUUUGUGUUCGAUGAUUCUUCAUAUAACGAUCUGGAACUAGUUCACUUUCGUCUUACUGAUUCUGCCUUGAAGGAUAUUGAGCAACUUGCUAGCAGUUCAGGAAACCACAACUUUAGCAUUACGUUCAGUGGGUCCGAAGGAUCAUUUAUUGUUCCUGUCGGGAAAAGCAGCAGCAGAUUUACAUUCAGUACCUCAAGCCUAACAAGUACUCACGAUGAAUCUUUCAAUUGCUUGCGCACCAAAGGUGUUUCAACUCAUUGUCUGGGAAGGAUGGUCUCCAGGAUCACGGUCAAUGCUAAGGAGGAUAGCUUCUCAGCGGCUAAGGAGCGAAUGACACAAUUAGAAGACGAAAACAAAAAGUCUCAGACAAAAGAGAUUAAAUCUGCUAAAUCCAUGGCUUCUAGAACAGCAGCAUCUCAAUCCACUCACAAACAAGGCAAUCAGGGUGUAAAUUUGAAGGGAAAGGGAAAUGAAAUUUCACCUCAGAACAUAGAUUUCCCUAACGUAGCCAAUCGAGUUCAGUCACAGAAUCCUGUUGGUUGUGGUCCCAGUCCUCCACUAUCUAAUCCAGACGUUUUGGCACGUUCACUGAGAGAACGCAUUAUUCACAUACUGGCAUUACGGCCUUAUCAGCGCCCCGAAUUAUUAUUACGGUUGUCUCGUGAUGGCCUAUCUCAUACCCAGAAAGACCAAAUAUCCGACAUAUUGUCGUCAGUGGGUCGUGUUGGAAGACAGUCGGCAUAUUACCUUAUACCGUCUGUGGUAUCAGAAUUAGAUGAAAACUGGCCAGGUUAUACUGGUGCUGAGAGAAAACGGAUCAUUUCUUUGAAGACUAGUCAGCAGUCUCAAACUCCUCCUAAAUCUCCCACUGACCGAUCUCGAACCGCUUCUCCUGACAAUUCGUCCACCCCCUCUGAUGACCAGUUUACUCGACGUCCAACACGAGCAAAUGCUCCUUCGGCACCUCAUGCAUUGAGUAAGAAGAUUGCUGCACUAGAUAUGUUGUGUGCAGGUGUGAGUGAUGUGGAAGUUGCCGCCCGUCUAGGAGUGUUCCGUGGACUGUUGGAUCAGUGGCGAGCCAAUGAACCAGAACUUCGAGAGAAAUUUCGUCGACUCAAUGCAAACACAAAUUCAGCACCCUCAACUCAGAUCUCCAGUUUUAAUCAACAUUCCCAGGUGUAUGAUAAGUCUGUCGGUGUUCGUCACCAAAAUCCUACUAUGUCUACUGCAAAUGAUGUUGUUGGCAGUCAGCGUUCUACUUCAACAAAUCCUGGAAAUACAAUUUCUCCCCAUAAACGUGCUAAAUUAGAUGUGCCCAAUACACCCUCUAGUUCUGCUGACCAACAAAUAGACUUAACAUAUUCUACCUCUGAUAAAACUGUUUCAAGAUCAUCCAUUAUGCAUUCAUUUCCAAAUCAAAACAAUGAUGAUCAUAAUAAUCAAACUAAUACUAUUUCUCCUCCACUUCACGAUAACCCUCACACACUUGAUACGUAUAGUCGUUCAAAUCAACCUUGUACAUAUAAUAUAGCCGGUGGGAGUGAGGGAGAAAGUGCCGAACACACUCCAUUCUCCAAUUCAAGUACUGGUAGCAGUGGUUAUGGUGGUUCAAACAACGGCUUAACUGCCUCUAGUGGAGUAGUAAACAGUAGUAUUAAUAUUGACAAUCGCCGUGAAGGAUUAAUAGGAUCUACAUCUCGAUGCCAUUUGACAAUGUCUGUUCAUUCUGAAUGCUUGUCUAGUCGCUUAAAAGCUGAAGAUCAAUUGUCUAAUGGUAAUACAACAAAUACACCAGCAUAUGGUAUAACUGAACAAGCUUUGUCUCAAAGUAUUGUCGGAACAGAUGGUUUUCAUGUAGGCGAUUUAAGCAGUAAAUUGGCUGAAAUCGACCGGCUUUAUCCAGAAAUCUCAACAUCAGAACAAGCUUCAAUGUAUUUAGCUGAAUUUGAAUGUACCUAUCCAACUUAUCUUCGAAUGUAUCAUUCAUUCUCAGAUAUUUGGAAAACUGUCAGUAAUCUACGAAGUCAAUUAUUAGAAGCCACUAGAACUGAAGGUUUCGAUAGCGCUACUACAACCCAUUUAGCAAAUCAAUUAGAUAAAUUUAUACGUCGUUCUCGUUCACAAAAAUAUCGUGAUGAUGAAAUUCAAUUAACAUUGAUGGUACAUAAAUUACGAUUGUUAAAACAAAGGCUUGCUGUAUCACAACACAACAAUAAUGGUGGUCGUCAUCGUGAUCGCAUUCUCCCUUUAACUACUAGUGAUGAUUUAACAGGUGAUAGAAUUGAUCGUCUUCCUAGGAGUAAUAAUAAUAACAAUAUGAAAUCUAUUUCAAUGAAAUCAUCUAGUAAAGUAUCUUCAAUGUCUAACAACAAUAUUGCUCAAUCAUCUAAUAAUAAUGAAAAUAAAAAUAGUAAUCGUCUUAUUAAUAAUUGUUAUCGUCAAUUACUAACUGAUUCAAACGAUUAUUCAAGUCUACUCCCAUGUAAUCAAGUUUGAAAGAUUACGACUAAAUAAGAAGGAAUAAUACAGCUACAUAUUUUUUUUCUUCCUUAUCAUUUUACACCUAUUAACAGUGGUAAAACUUAAUUCUCUCAAAGAUUAUGCGGUGUAUUUGACUCUCUCCCCCCUCUCUCUCUCGUUGUCUUUCGGUUAAAUAAGUGUCUCAAUUGUCUUGCCAAUCUCUUAUAUCAGUAGUUGUUUCGUGCCGGCUAUUUCACACUUAUUAUUACUUUUUUUUAAAUUGUUGUCAUGAUUACAUUCAUGAUGAAUAUGGUAUUAACCUAGAGAGUAGUUAGUUGAAUGAUCAUAAUUCCCCUGUAUACAAUAAAUGGAGCAUACACAACAUUGUUCAUUUUGACUGGUAUAUGUAAGAUUUGUUUGUCUCUUGUUUUUGUGUGUGUCUAUGUUUUGUUUGAUUUAGUCUUUCUUUUUCUCAAUUUAUUUUUUUAAAUUUACAAUAAUCUGUGUUAUUACUGGUGUCCGGAUAUAUAUAUAUGGGGUAUCCUGUCGAACUUAUAUUAACUACUACUUUUCCAAUAUCUUUCUUCUGCUUUCUUUUUUUCUUUUAAUUACCCUGUGUCUAUUAUCCCUUGUGUUUAGCUACUGAUGUAUCCCAUACACAGUUUUCUUUUUACAGUGAAUUAAUGAAACAGAAUACUUAAAAAGAUAAGUCACAUUAUAUUUACACACAAAAAAAAUCAAUCUGGAAAGCAUUCCUUCAAUUAAUCUUUGGUACCAAUUUCUCUCUCUCUCUCUCUCUCUCUC